AUGGAGGAAUCAGCUUCAUCAGAGCAACAUUCUUCAUGCGCCUCUGAAUUUGGUUCUUCAACCCUCAACUCAAGAUCAUCAUCUUCAAUGCAAACAGAGCCCACCAUAGAAUUCUCAGUCUUCAUCCAGAAACUCUCUUCGAUUCUUGAUGAAAUGAAGGAUAGCCUCGAUGUAACAGACCUGCCCGCCAUUGCCAGAGCCAUGAACUCACUCGAAGCUGAUUAUAAACACGCGAAAAAAGUGAUGGACGGUGACAAGAUCCACUCUUCCACCGCCAAACACGUAGAGUAUUUGAUUCAGAAUCUCGGAAGGUCAUUAGGAGUCGUGCUCUUCGCCGGCCGUGAGGUGCCGAUGGCUACCAAGCAAAAGAUGGAGGCCUUGUGCAAGGAAAUGAUGAACGUGAGGUUCGAUGUGAGUUCGGAGAGAGAAUCAGAAUUUUUCAGUGAGGACAAAGCAGAAAAGGGAAAUGCUAUGUUGAGCAUUGAUGAUGCAAUGGUGCAGAUCAAGUAUGGGAAUGCAGAAGAAUUUAAGAAUGGACUAAUAGGGUUGAAUUCAUUGAUCAUGGAUGGUUUGAUCUCGAACGAUACAGUUAACUAUGAAGAUCUCAUCAAGGUUUUAUGCAAACGAUUGAGUUUGUGUAGACGAGACGAAAGACUGACCAUCAUUUAUAUACUAAGAUAUCUUGUUACCAAGAAUGUCGAAAGCAAGGAAAAGAUGAAGGAUUGGCAGAUUUUAUCAGGACUAGUGAAGUUGCUGGGACGGGACGUGGAGGAGCAGAGGGCUGCGCUGGGGCUUUUGUUGAGUCUCUCGGAAGAUGCAGGAUUUAGAAGAAGAAUGGGUAGAAUCCAAGGUUGUAUUGUUACUAUAGUUGCCAUUUGUAAGGGAGACGACGAAGAGGCUUCGUGUUAUGCAAAAGAACUUCUAAAUGCUAUAUCAAGCAACACUCAACAUGUUCUUCAUAUGGCUGAGGCCGGUUAUUUUAAACCUCUGAUUAAGUACCUAAAGGAAGGUUCAGACAUGAGUAAGGCUCUAAUGGCAACGGCACUGUCAAGAAUGGAGCUCACCGACCAGAAUAAAGCUACCAUUGGAGAAGCUGGAGCAAUUGAACCCCUCGUUGAAAUGUUCAACACGGGUAAUCUUGAGGCCAAGCUCUCAGCCUUAAACGCACUGCAAAGUUUAUCCAACUUGAAGCAGAAUAUCCGUGUCUUGAUCGAUUCAGGCAUAGUUUCAUCACUUUUCCAGCUCCUUUUCACUGUAACUUCUGUGCUGAUGACGUUGAGGGAACCAGCAUCAGCAAUUCUUGCAAAGGUAGCACAAUUUGGGUGUAUACUCGUCAAACAAGACGUUGCUCAUCAGAUGCUCUCGCUUUUAACUCUAUCUAGUCCAGUUAUUCAAAAUCAUCUCUUGGAAGCACUGAUAUACAUUGCUGCACAUCCAAAUGCAUCUAAGGUUAGGAAGAGAAUGAAGGAAAACAGAGCCAUUCAGCUGCUCGUAACCUUUUUCACAGAUACGAAUGCUAAAAUCAGGAGCGGUGCCCUCAAAUUAGUACACACUCUGUCUAAAGAUGCAAAAGAAGAGCUCACAGAUCAACUGGGGUAUACAAACAUAAACAUCAUUGCAAGAAUAGUCAUGUCAGCAACAUCAGAUUCUGAAAAGGCGUCUGCUCUUGGGAUACUUAGCAAUUUGCCUAUAAGUGAUGGGAAAAUCACUGAUCUACUAAAGGAAUCGAACUUAAUGCACGUGAUGGCUUCCGUUAUGAGUUCAAUCCAUGCGAAUCCCACAUCUACAACAAUGCAGUUGGCUGAGAGCAUCGCAGGUAUACUCACUCGUUUCACGGUUCCUACUGAUAAAAGACUACAGCGUUAUUCUGUUGAGAAUGGAGUAAUUCCUGUUCUCUUCAAACUGCUCUCAAUCAGCUCAGAAAAUGCUAAGAGCAAUGCUGCAUUUUGUUUAGCUCAAUUAUCACAAAACUCAUUUCAUUUGAGUAAGUCCCGAAAAAUGAAGUGGCUCUGCAUACCCCCUCCGGAAGAUGCUCUCUGUGAAGUUCACGAUGGCUACUGCUCCGCUAAAAGCACGUUUUGCUUGGUCAAGGCCGGAGCUAUGCCCCCAUUAGCUCAAGUUCUAGACGGUAACGAAAGAGGUGCAGAUGAAGCAGUUCUCAAUUGCAUUUCGACUCUUUUGCAUGAUGAAAUUUGGGAGAGGGGAUGCGAUUACAUAAUUAAAACGUCGGGGGUUCGUCUUGUUAUCAAAGUUGUCGAAGCAGAGUGUGGUGAAUCUGCACAAGUGGUGCUCACUGAUGUAGCACAGAAGGGUGAUCCUAUGCUGAAACCAAGAGUAGAUAAGCUAUUGGCACAACUUCAACAGUUUCAAAUUCAAUCUACUAAGUAUUGA